UGGAUAUUAAAAAUGCAUUCCUUCAUGGAGAUCUGCACGAGGAAGUUUAUAUGGAGCAACCAUCUGGAUUUGUUGCUCAGGGGGAGCCUGGUAACGAUGAUCAAGGAAUUACGCUCCUCAAGUAACAUCUCUUUAGCAAAUUUCAAACAAAAUACUUGGGAAAGUUGAGAUACUUCCUUGGCAUUGAGGUCACUCAGUCUCAAAAUGGAAUUGCUCUCUCACAAAGAAAGUAUGCCUUGGAUAUUCUUGAGGAAACAAGUUUGCUAGAUUGCAGGCCAGUGGACACACCAAUGGAUCCAAACGUUAAACUCUUAUCAGAACAGGGAUAUCUUUUGCCCAACAAGGAAAAAUAUAGAAGACUCGUCGGCAAAUUGAAUUAUCUUACCAUCACGAGACCAGAUUAUUCAUUUGCGACUGGGCCGGAUGUCCGAUGGAUAGACAUUCCACUUCGGGAUAUUGCAUCUUGAUUGGUGGAAACUUAAUUUCAUGGAAAAGUAAGAAACAGGAUGUGGUUGACAGAUCUAGUGCUGAAGCAGAAUAUCGUGCAAUGGCCCUUGCUACAUGUGAAAUCUUAUGGUUGAAGCAUCUCCUCCCCGAGUUAAUAUAUGGAAACACAAAACUGGUUCAACUCAUGUGUGAUAAUCAAGUUGCAAUGCACAUCGCAUCAAAUUCGGUAUAUCAUGAGAAGACAAAACAUAUUGAAGUUGAUUGUCAUUUUAUCCGAGAGAAGAUCGCAAGUGGACAUAUCAUCACAAAAUAUGUCAACACAACUGAACAACUUGCAGAUAUUUUAACUAAGUCUUUUAGAAGUCCUAGAGUGGGAUAUAUUUGUAACAAGCUUGGUACAUAUGAUUUAUAUGCUCCAGCUUGAGGGGAGUGUGGAAACCCUAGUAGUAUUGGGCUUAGCCCAUUUGUAUAUCUUGUAUAGGAAACCCUAGUACUCUAAAUAUAGCUAUAAAUAUAGCUUCUUGUAUAGCAUUUUAAUAUCAA